GAGAUUUUCUCGUGUAUAGUUUUCAUAUGAAAAUUCGGAUAUACAUUAUACAUCCAAGGGCAAGAUAGUGUUUACACCGUGCCUAAUGGAGUACAAGUGAUAAAGUAGCGAAGACAAUGACAUUUUUUGUCGAUGAUAUUUUUUGGAUUAUCUCCAAACGGUUUGAUUUCAUGCUCUUCGUACAAUUUGCUCCUUUAAUCAGGUGUAAAAAAUCUAAAACAAUUUACCCUGUCAAUCAAUCAUCCAAAGUUCAAAACAAUUCAAAUGACGAGGAUAUAGGCUGACAAUAUAUAUGAUGAAAUGUGACUAGCUAAAUUUAUCUAAGCUACAACGCUGCCUGAUUAUUACAAAUUAAUAAAAUAUUACGGUAACACAAAACCAAGGGGCUUCCUAUUUGUUGCGCGCUGGCUAAGAAGUAGCGCGCAGCCGCGCCCCCCUCAAAUCCCUACACUGUUAGCGCUGUAAUUAGCAGUGACGGUAAUUAGCGCUAACUAGCAAUAUUUUCCUUUUUUCUGGUAGGUUUUUUGACUAAUCGAUUGAUAAAAAAUCUAUACGUGAAGACAAAAUUUGAAAACUUUUAACUCGAAAUUUAAAAUUUUUUCAAGUCAAAAUUUAAAAACUUCUAACUUUUCGUCUCAGAUUUAAAAAACUUUCAACUCAAAUUCGAAACUUUGAACCCAUAUUUAAAAACUUUCAACCUAAAUUUGAAAAUUUGCGACCCAUAUAUAUUUAAAAACUUUCAAUCCAAAUUAAAAAACUUCAAUUCGGAUUGAAAAACUUAUAAGCCAAGAUUUAAAAACUUUCAACAGAAAAAUUUGAAAACACAUGUGUUGAAGAUUAAAAAAAAGUCAAAAAAGACGCGAAAAGAAAACGCUAAAAAUAGGAGAAAAUCAAAAAAGAAAAAAGAAAAUCUAAAAAAAAAAGAAAAAGCAAAAAAAGAAAAGGCCGUAGCAAUCGCGCAAAACCAAACGUGUUCGCGUUCGGUAUCUCGACCUUUCUCCAAAUCCGAUGCUUAAUCCUCAUACGGUAUACUCCGUAGGUCGGUCGACCUGACCUAUAAAUCCGCAGCCGCCACGCGAACCAAAAACCGGAUCGGAUCGGACCGCGUCUUACCAGAUUGGCGAUGGCGGCGGCGGAUGGCACCACCGGAGAGGAGGUGAAGAAGACGAUCGAUCUCGUCAGCAAGGACGGCGAGCGGUUCGAGGUGGCGAGGGACGCGGCGCUGCUGUGCAAGACGCUUCGGUGGAUGAUCAAGGGCGGCUACGGCCGGAUCCCGCUCCCCAACGUCGCCUCCCCGAUCCUCGCCAGGGUCGUCGACUACCUCGCCCGGCAUGCCGCCGCCGCCGCCGCCAUGGACGACGACGGCCUCGACAGGUUCGACCGCGACUUCCUCGCCGGCGUCGACCAGGACACGCUGUUCGACCUCCUCCUCGCCGCCAACUACCUCCAGGCCGACGGCCUCCUCGACCUCGCCUGCAAGAAGGUCGCCGCCAUGAUGACCGGCAAGUCGCCGGAGCAGAUGCGGGAGAUCUUCCACAUCGUCAACGAUCUCACGCCGGAGGAGGAGAAGGAGAUCCGGGAGGACAUCGCUUGGGCGCUCAACUAGCUAUGCUCAUCUACAACAUGUAAUAUACUUUGUUUUGAUUUUCUUGCGCACCUCGCACAUAUGGAUGUAUCCCUCUUUAAUCUUUCUCAAACAUGAUUAGCAAGAAGUAUAACAAAUAUAAUACCAAUUAAGUUUUUUGAGAGUGCGACGUGAUCACUAAUGUGUACACAGUAUAUUGCUGUAUUAUCAUAUUCUGAAAA